AUGACUGCUGUGGCUCUGUUCCUGUUUCUGACUGUGGCGGCUAGAGUGACUCAUUCUGCCAGGAUUCUGGGCGUCAUCCCGACGCCCUCCAUCAGCCACCAGCUGCCUUUCAGACUCAUAGUGCUCGAGCUCAUCAGGAGAGGGCAUCAGGUGACACUCAUAACAACAGACCCGAUAAGAGAAAAUAUCCAUAAUUAUACUGAAAUUGACCUGUCGAUGUCGUAUGAUUACUGGAAAGCCUCAUUCGACUUUACCUCAACCUCAGAUGUAAGUCCUAUUGAACUACUGAGCAUCUGCGCUCUCACAAGAAAAGAUAUAUGUGAAAUGCAGCUAGGAUCCCAACAGAUGAAGGAUUUAAUUCAGUCCCAGAUGUCUUUCGACGUGGUUAUCCUAGAGAGGUUCAUGCAUCACUGCUACUACGGCUUGGUGCACAAGCUGGGAUUCCCACCGAUGAUUGGCUUCGUCUCUCUGGGCGCUCCCAGCCCGGCACUAGCAGCGCUGGGAAAUCCCAACAACCCCUCCUGCUCCCCUGAUAUAAUGGUCGGCUACUCGGACCACAUGUCCUUCUGGGAGAGGCUGUAUAAUGCGUACGUAACAGCACGCUUCCAUUACAUAUGGAAUUAUAAAAUGAUAUCAGAUCAAGAAGAGGUACUUAAAAAGCAUUUCGGCGCUGAUCUCCCCCCUAUACGUGAUUUUGAGAGAAACUUCAGCCUCCUUCUUGUAAACAAUCACUUCAGCAUGAACUAUCCACGACCGAGACUGCCUGGUGUGAUAGAGCUGACGGGACUGCAUCUAGAAAAAGAGCGGAAGCCACUUCCACAGAGUUUCCUCGACGGUGCAAAAGACGGAGUGAUUUACUUCAGUCUCGGUAGCAACGUGAGAGCUAGUGCGAUGCCAGAAGACAAGAGACGAGCCUUCCUGUCGGCUUUCUCGCAGCUUCGACAGCGCGUGCUGUGGAAGUGGGAGAUGGACAACCUCCCAGGGCAGCCGGAGAACGUCAUGAUAGCCAAAUGGCUGCCCCAGCAGGACGUCUUGGCACAUCCGAACAUUUGUCUGUUCAUCACCCAGGGAGGACUCCAGAGCGUGAAUGAAGCUAGCUACUUCGCAGUGCCCUUGAUUGGAAUUCCUUUCAUGGGGGACCAGCAGCACAAUGUAGCCAAAAUGGUACAAACUGGAGUGGCAUACCGGCUGCAGUUCAAGGAUGUUACGACCGAUACCGUUCUGAAAGCCAUUCACACCAUCCUUGGCAAUAAAAGCUACAAGGAGAACAUGAAGCGGUUCUCGGCGGUAUUCCGUGAGCAUCAAGAGGGAUCACUGGACAAGGCUGUCUGGUGGAUCGAGUACGUGAUCCGCCACAAUGGUGCCCCACAUCUGCGCACUGCAGCCCUCGACCUGAGAUGGUGGCAGCUGCUGUUGCUCGACGUCAUCGCCUUCAUGGUUGCGACGGCGUCCAUUUUGGUCUACCUGCUGUACAAGGCAAUUUGUUACUGCAGAAGCUCACCACGUGCUUAUAUGAAACGGAAGAGGUCCUGA